CACCACCCGCGCACACUUCAUUACAACACUCACGGUGAACCAGUCUGGGAUUCCUUCAUUACUCUGGCCUGGGAUGCGCAUUUGGAGCGGAGAGCGUCCCGGGGGCAUUUUUACGCGUCGCGGCGCUCGAACGGUCACAGCGGUUCAAGACACUUUGGCUGCGCGGACGCGAUGUCAGGCGCCAGGUCCCUCCUGAAAACACCGAGUAAAUUCCAGUCCUCUGCCAUGUUGGAAGGCUCAGAGUCCAUUGAGGUGGAGGGAAGGAGCACUGAGAGCAUCAUGGCCUCGUCCAUCACCGCCUGUAAGAAGGUGCUGUGCAGUAACAGCGUGCUGGACUCCUUGGAGUACUGGAUGAGGAACCAUAAAUCUCUGUGCAGACUGGAUCUGCUGGACGACGACGCAGAGAGCAGCUACAACACGCUCUGCUUUGUACAUCUGGAGCAUCAGAAAACAGACUGCCGUGACUACAAAAACACCAAGAAACUGGCAUCUGUGUCUCCAGACCUGCCAAAACUGGUUGAAUUACUGACUGUCCACCAGCCCAAAGCAAAUGAAAUCCUACUGCUCGGUGGCCUAGAAGCUUCAGAUUCCUGCCAAACACACCCACACACCCCCUCUCAGGGCCAGCAGUACCAGCGAAGUACAGGUGUGUGCCUGCUUCCAUGUUUGGGGCAGAGAUGCACCAACAAACCCGGCAGCGUUGUCUUAGAGAUCAACAAGUUCCUGAUUGGCCUUCAGUGGGGAAAAGAGCGACAGCUUCAGGAGGGUCGAGUGGCCAGACAGCGGCUUGAUGAUGAUACAAAUCGCUCAAUCUCAUCUAUAGAAGAAGACUUCUUGACUGCUUCGGAACACCUUGGUGAUGACAGUGAGGAUGAUGGCUUCAGAAAUGAACCAGAAAGUGUUGACCCAGCAGAGAGCUUGGUAGAAGUAGCACAGAAGCCCUCUGUCAGACAUGCAUGUCAUAGAGGACAACUGGCCCAUCAUCAGAACAGGGAGGAAUCUGAAGUGAAAAGAGAAGAGAAUGAACAAGAAAGCCUGCAUACCAAGGAGUCAGCUGGUAACUACGCCACCAAUCUGGCUGAGUCAGUACUGCAAGAUGCCUUCAUACGCCUCUCACAAGAUGAAGUAUCUUUUGUUCCUGAGGCUGCUGUCAGUUUAUGUCUCUCUAGUCGUCCCUCCAACUUCACUCAGCUCUCACAGAACAGAGACCCUUACCCACAGCACAUAUGCUCAUUUGAGCUACCGAAGAUUGUUAUAGUUCAAAGCCCAGACAGUUCUGAGGGGGCACCAGAAUGGCAAGAGACCCAUGCAUCUCAAGUGCCCGUUCCGGAUGUCACUGUCAAAUCCAGUGAAGUGCCACAGAAUUGGACGCAGCCACAAGGACGCCCAUCCAAAUAUGUGGAGGUGGCACUGGCUUGUGCUGCUAGUGUCAUCGGCACCAUUACUACCCCACAGCUGACAGAACAGCUUGCCAUAGAUUCUGCUUCAAUGGAGGACACAGAGGAGACGCUACAGGAAUCACAAGAGAGAGGGGAAUACUCCUUCUCUUCUGCCAUGUGUGGCAUGGCUCGGAUGGCUGGAGCAGUAGCAGCUGUGGAGCUAACACAGGAGGCAUUGGCUAGUGGUGAUUCUGAUGUAGGUUCAGGUGAAGUCUACACAGCAUCCCAGGGUCUGAUGUCUGCUGCUGAGACCUCUGCAGCCUUCGCUCUGCACUGCAGUGUGGCAGAGGGUACCAGUGUUGAAGCAUUCCGAUCCAACAUCGCUGAGGUCUUGCACAGGGAAGCAGCCGAGGUUCUGAAUCAGCCACAAGGCUACAGGAGUGUAGCCCACCUCCUGGAAGCCACACAUAACAAGAUAGUAGAUGGCAUUACUUGUCCUAAAAAAUCCUACAUGGAUGAAAUGCAAGUGGAUGACAUAAUCAAUGAGGUGGCAGACAACCUCUUUAAGCAUGCUCUGGAGAAAGCAAAGAAGAAAAAAGAACUGCAAGGUCCAGGAAAAGAUGCCCCAAGUAUCCAAUAUUUUCUGCAGGACAGUGUAAAUAGUUUACUGUUUGAUGUUCUUUGUCUCAUGCAGAAAAAAAUCAGUCACAUUCCUAGAUGGGAGCAAGAGAUUCUUGAGUCACAGGAUGGUGAUCCUUGUGCUCGGAAUGCAGAUACCAUAAAGGAAGGUAUUGACACAUUAAGUCAGUUGCAUUGCUUAAUUAGGUAUAGCCAGGCCAAAAACAGUGACAACAACAGUGAUUUGCUUCAGAAGAUUUCUGCGAUGCCUAGACAGAAAGAGAAACACCUUCUUGAGGACAGUGCUCUCACUUCUUCGGCACAUCAGCCAUCAUCCUGCAGACAAAAUGACUCUAAAUCUACUACCUUGCCUGCGAAAGAUGUUCCUAAUGUCCAGCAGAUCUAUCAAGGUGGCGGUGAAGUCCAAGAACCUUUAAGUGAAAUUUCAGUUCACAGUGCAGAGAAACGAGAGCGAUUAAUGACAAGCAGUGACAGCAGGCAGGCUUCCCUCAGCCCACAGUCCUCUCUGAACUCCUGCAGUUCCCUGCUGUCUCUGAGAAUGGACUCGGAGACCAGGACACCCAUUACUUGUUAUGCUGAUGAUCUGGCUACAACAGUGGUAUCUAUGGCUACAGAACUAGCUGCGAUCUGCCUGGAAAACUCCACUGGGAAGCAGCCUUGGUUCUGUACCCUGAAAGGGGCAUCGACAGAGGGACCAGAAUCUUACCUGAUCCCUGCUUGCCGCACAGUCCUCGGGAGAAAGGAGAGUCAGAGCAGCACUGCAGCUUCUAAAAAGCAUCGGGCACCACGACUAAGUGAGAUCAAGAGAAAAACUGAGGAGCAACCAGAACUGAUGGAACGACUGGUGAACCGGGUGGUUGAUGAGUCUGUCAACCUCGAUGAACCACAGGACCCCUUUGCUGUCUUUGCCUCAGAAGUCACAGCCAGGAUCUUGAACUGCCCUGAGCUCAGUGUAGUGGACACCUCCAAAUCUGGCCAGACACGCAGCAGGUUGCAGUGUGAGAGAUGGAGUCGAGGGAAGGCAUCCAGCUAUGAAAGCAUUCCAGAAGAAGAUGCAGACCCUUCAGGCACACCCAACACCCUUGGUCCUGGCAGUCGACUAGGUCAGAAUUUGAGUCGCUGUAGCUCAAUUUCCAAGCAAUCAAGCUGUGAGAGCAUCACAGAUGAGUUCUCACGAUUCAUGGUAAACCAGAUGGAAAUGGAAGGCAGGGGCUUUGACCUUCUGCUGGACUACUAUGCAGAAAAUGCCAGUACUAUCCUGGCUGCAGCAGUGCAGCAGGCGGCAUCCAAGAAAAAUGGCCACCUCAAUGUCAGGACCACAUCUUGUCUGUCUAAACAGUCUAGUACAGAGAGCAUUACAGAGGAGUUUUACAGGUUCAUGCUACGGGACAUGGAUAAGGAGAAUAAAGAUUAUGGCAUUUCAAAGAGCAAAGAGUGGAGCAACAGCUUGCUCCCCCCAUCUCCUAGAUCACUCUUCUGUAUACGACAGUCAUCUGUCCCAGACCGGCGGUCAUCAGACUCACGGCUGACUGUCAGCUCACCCAUUAAAGCCAACUCUUUUGAUGGAUUUGCCCGCAAUGUGCAUGGAGACACAUUAAAUAUCUACCCAACCAAUUCGGUGUCAGCCACAGGACUGUGCAAGUCAGACUCCUGCCUGUAUCAACGCGGCAGAACUGACCAGAUCACUGACAUGCUGAUUCAUGAGACCUGGUCUAGCUCUAUUGAGUCCUUAAUGAGAAAGAAUAAAAUCAUUGCAGAUCCAGAAGACAGUAUUGAGCUGGAGGCUGCAGGAGACCCCCAGCCACAUGUGCAGCACUUUGCCAAUCGUCUGGCAGCAGACAUAGUUGAUAUUGGAAAGUCUGCGUUAGCAGGCCAGCAAGAUGGAAGUGGAGGCAUGACUGGGUCUCAGCCACAGCCACGCAUGCCCGUUGGUGAAAGAAGGAGGGGGUUCAAACAAUCCCAUCAAACCUGUAGUAGGAGCAAGUCUAGCCAGGAUCAAGGUGGAAUAGGGGCCAGUGACAGCUGUGCAUCCCACAAGAGGAGCCCAAGAGAAGUGCCCCUGAUCCACAUUGAAGCAGAUCAAAAAGAUGAAGAGACUUUCCAGAAUCCUGAAAGGAUAGAAGGAGCACAUCAGGAAACACGUCCAGAUACAGCAGCCUGGAAGGGUAGAGAGAGAGCCACAGUUAACACCACCAGCAGUGAGAGGGCCAGGCCAGCUGUGGCGGUGGCUGCGGUAGUGAAGAGGGACAAGCGUUCUAUGAGUGCUAGCAGUGAGGAGAGCAUGGGGAGCUGGUCCCAUAUAACCCCCGAGGAUGACCCCCAUGAGGAGACCAGUAGUUUUAUCCAGCUGAGUGAGGGAAAUGGGACCAGCAGUGCGUCCAGCGUGGGCCUGGCAGACCUGGAUGCUUUUUCUGACGUACCCGCUCACAGUGCAGUCAUCAGUGACAAGACAGAGAAGUGCCACCCAGCAGGAACCAAGGACAUUGCCUUUGGGAGUCGUUCAGGGAAGGCGGUGGUGGCUUGCAGCAAUCACAGGGAGUUGGUGGUGGUAAACUGCGACCUCGAGCCCGAGUGUGUAGACUCAGAGCUGCGAGUGUCUCUGCAGUGGAUCGCUGCCUCCGAGCUGGGCAUUCCUGCUCUCUACUUACACAAAUCCAAAGAGAAGAAGUUUGCAAAGUUCCAAAAGGUGGUCCACCUGAUGUCUCAGAAGUCGUGGCAGAUUGCAGACUUGUUCAGCGCUGUCAUUCAGUUCUGUAAGAUCCAUGAGAAAGAACAAGAGGAGGGCAGGUGUCUCUCCAGCCUCUUUGACUGGCUCCUGGACAUGCUUUAGAGUGAACUACCUGCCUCAUUCUGCAACGAGAAACACACACUUCAGUUAUUUACUGUUUGUUCAGUCCUGUCUCAUUAUUACAACAGUUUCUCAGUGCAAGCUGAACAUACGAAGCGUCUAGCACACUUAUUUAAACUCCUCACUGGUGUCACUCUGUGUCCACUGAAGUUGUGAUUUUUGUCUGUGUGCAGCCAUGAAUGGAUCCGUGUCCCUUUAAUAAAAGCAUGUUUUGUGUUCAGAUCCUUGUGAGACACACAUGCAGAGCAAAUCGUAGGUAUAUGGGUUGGACAUCCCAAAUGGGAAUGAACUAGCCUUCAAGAGAUUAUACUCAGCAGGUUUUAACUGCUAUAGAUUAUAUAUAAGUACAUACAUAUAUAUAUUUCCAGAUUCUGACUUAUUUAUUGAAAAUGUACACAUAAAACAAGGUACCAAGAGAAGACAGG